AUGCCAAAAGAUGCCCUCGAAUGGCCCGCUUUGUUCUGCACACCUAAGCCUAAAAUAGUUCAUGCGCAUAUUCUUGAUAUCGGAAACGGUAAGGGCAUUUGGGCGAUGGAUGUCGCUGACAUAUUCCCGAGCGGCAGCCUUAUCGCUGACACAGCAUGGCUACCGCUUGAGGCGACAACCUUUUUUCACCUCCUGCCGCCUGGGCCAAAUCGCAGGAACCCAUGGGCGGGCAUGCAUUCACACUUUUAG